UACGCAUGAUCGAAAUGGCGGAGAGCCCUACUUCCAUAGUGCACCCUCGGAAUCAAGCAUAGCGCUUGCGUAUUUUGGUCCUCACUCGAACACCAUGUGGUCACCAAUCCAUCCGCAGACACCUUCUGCAUGUCAACACUUGCGUUUGGCGCAGCAUGUGGCUUGCUGUGUCAUAGCAAUCGGCGGAGUACAUCUCAGCGGCCGCUCCUAUUUAUUGGGGUUGGUGCCGCAUUGGCUUUGACGGGCUCCCAUCAAGGAGAAGGAGGGAUACUAUGGAACACAACGGUACCAGCGGCUUUGAUCACUGCAAUGCUGUUAUCUCGAAUCCUGGACAUCAUCUACAAUUGGCUGAGGGUUCCUGCUACGGAUCGAUCCAUGGAUAAGUAAUGAUGUUUGGUCACUGGGCUGUGUAUUUCUCGAUCGCCAUCUCGAUAAUCUCGUUCACGAUUACCAUCAAACAACGGAUGCCGACGCCGGGAUGACUAGAGGAGGAGUUUCUGGUACGGGGUG